AUGUUUGCUAGGUGGGAAUCGGUUGAACGGCCCCCGCCCAGUUGGGCCCCUGGCAGACCUGUACCCGAAGCUGGAGAGUGGGCAAACUGUGUCCAACGUCUCCUAUGGGGAGUCGCGAAAGAGGGCGACUUAGUCAAAUCCCUACUCAUUCGAUACAACCUUCAGAUGAAGAGAUUUCGCGAGCCCGUCGUCCGCCCGACUAUGGCGAUGACUAGCGAAAGGUGGAACGAGCAAAUCGGUGGUCGGAUCGACAAUAUAGAGGCUCUCUCCAUCCACCACUCGCCAUCUGCUUAG